UGUGCGGCCGGACCACGCCCCGGCCCCGGCGUGCGGUGCACCAGGCUAGGGUUAGCACACAGCUGCUACAUCCGGGCGCUCCGCCUGCUCGGUUUACAAACCCAGCGAAGAUGGCGACUUCAGGGAGGAGUGCAUUAUUAUCCUCCACCUCAAGUGGACCCAAGAGCACACUGGAUAACUCCAACCCAGAGGAGGAUGACGGACAGGAUUUAUGGUCAACCAUCCUGAGUGAAGUGUCAACCCAUUCAAGAUCUAAGCUACCGUCUGGGAAAAAUGUCCUGGUCAUGGGUGAGGUGGGUUCGGGGAAGACCACCUUGGUUGCUAAGCUACAGGGGGUUGAAGAGUACAUGAAAGGGCGUGGCCUGGAAUACCUCUACUUCAGUGUCCAUGACGACGACAUUGAUGACCACACUAGGUGUAAUGCCUGGGUGUUAGACGGAGACCUUUACCACAAAGGUCUGCAGGGAGUCGCAGUGCCAGUGGACUCUAUCGGCAACACGUUGCUGCUGAUAACGGUCGACAUGUCGCGGCCAUGGAACGCCCUGGAUUCUCUCCAGAAGUGGGCAGCCGUCGCUAGGGAACACAUCGACAAACUCCGGGUCGCCCCGGAAACGCUGCGGGAGCUGGAACACAGACUUGUAAAACAGUUCCAGGAGUACACAGAGCCAGGCAGUGGGGAGGAUGGCACCCCGCAGAGAAGGAGUGAAGAUGAGGAGAGUGUGCUGCUGCCUCUAGGAGAUAACACACUCACACAUAAUCUGGGAAUACCAGUAGUGGUUGUCUGCACCAAGUGUGACGCCAUCAGCACGUUGGAGAAGGAGCAUGACUACAGAGACGAACACCUGGACUUCAUCCAGUCUCACAUCAGACGUUUCUGUCUGCAGUAUGGAGCAUCUCUGGUUUACACAUCAGUGAAGGAGAUGAAAAACCUGGACAUCCUGUACAAAUAUCUGGUUCACAGACUCUACGGCUUUCCCUUCCACUGCCCGGCGCAAGUGGUGGAAAAAGACGCCGUCUUCAUUCCAUCAGGUUGGGACAAUGAGAAGAAGAUCGCCAUACUUCACGAGAACUUCCAAACAGUAAAAGCAGACGACAGCUUUGAGGACGUAGUAGUGAAGCCGCCUGUCCGAAAGAUUGUACAUGAAAAGGAGAUUCAGGCAGAAGAUGACCAAGUGUUUCUGGUAAAACUGCAGUCGCUGCUCGCAAAACAGCCAGCUGUGACAGCAGGGCGGCCAGUGGACACCACCAGCAGAGCACCCACCGGUUCCCCCAGGACGAGUAAUCGCUCAGCAGCGGCCAACGUAGCGAACGCCAUGCCUCAGUCGGGUCAGACCAGUGAGGGUGUGUUGGCCAAUUUCUUCAACAGUCUACUGACAAAGAAAGCGGGGACAGGGGGGCCCGGGACGCCAGGUGGUGGGAACAACACUCCGGGAACAGUACGCAAGUCAGACAUGAACUUAACAAAUGGUUCAAAGCUGGGCCUGGGCGACGUGCAGGCGGAGCUGGACCGCAUAUCCAGCCGAGAAACCGACUCGGACAUGCCCAACGCCAACGAGACGCCUGCAACCGACGGCCAGGACACAUGAAGACAAACACACACUUCACCCUGCACUCCUUCUCCACCCACCCCACCUUCCCCUCCACCUCAGUCAUCAUCCCCCUGUCCUUCCUCCCUCCACUCUCACCCUCCACUCCAUCACAAAGACGUGGGGAGAAAGAGGGAUGUAGGGAGGAAAAGGAGGGGUGGACACACUGUUCUGCCUCCCUAUCGUCUUUCAAUUUCUCCUCAAGGAGAAGAACUCACCCUCUCUUCCCCUUCCCCCCUUUUUUCCCCCACACCUCAUUCUCCCCCCGCCUCUCUUCUGUUCCUGGCUAUUUCGCUGAGGGCGAGUAUUUGUCACUGUUACAUACAAGACUGUCUGUUACAUGAGAGUUAAUGAGUAUGGGGGACCAACGGGGGUGUGGAGGUUGGGAUGAAGUGAGAGGCAGGUUGAAAAAGAUUGAUUGGAAGAAUGAAAGUGAGGGCGUUUUAUCCAUCCAUUUCUUGUGAUGGUACAGUUAGUGUUUUUACUGUAGGAACUGCUGAAGGGCGCAUGUUGAAGAAUCUGCACUUAGGUACUGUAGGGGUGACUGUGUGAUUGUGUGUUUAAUGUAUGUGGGGAAAGUCAUGCUUGGUCACAGGAAGAGAUUGUGAACAAAAAAAAUGCCUGAAACAAAAUUGCAAACAGUUGUUUUUUGUUUUUUUAAGAUGAAGGGACAAACAUACCAGUAUUUGUAUGUAUGUGUGUGUGUGUGUGUGUGUGUGUGUGUAUGCAUGAGAAGAUGGAGAAUAUUAAGGACGUUACUUCAACCUACCUGUUAUGUCGAGAGAUUUUUGGCUGUUUGCAUUUCAACCAAAAGGCAACAAAAAAAAACAAAAAAAAACAUUACUAUGCUCUUACACUACAAGCUCUUAAAACAGUGCAUACACUAUUGUUACGGCAGCUCUGUCUGCCACACUACACAAACCAAACGUGACAACACCAACAAAAAAAUAACAUCUUCAGAGUUUCACACUCAAGCACUAGUACUGUGCAGAGAGGAACCUAAGGUCCAUCAAAGCACCCUGUUCUACAAUUGGCCAAACUUACCCACGUUCAGUUCGGCUUGCAGCAGAGCACAGACGUACUGCUUGAACCUGUAGAUAACAAACAGUGCACUGGAAAAGGUGGUAGAGGGUAGUAGGGGGGUGAGUAGCUGAGCUUUACUUGUACAGAAAGAAGCACUAGUGAUUCAGUUCAGUAGUUACUAUGGGCAGUGUGGUGGGUGGGCAAGGGGGGUCAGAACAAGGGAGGGUCACACCACGAAUGUACAGUCAUUGUCUCGCUGAUUGGUCCUGUUAUUUCAGAGCUCUGUGUUGGCGUUUGUAUAAUCAGAUCUGUUAAUCAGUCAAAUAAAAGGUGUAUUUAUUCGGAUUCA